ACCGAGCGCACCAUUGGCUGGUGGGCAGGGGGAGAGAGAGAGUCUCGAGGCUUUGGGCAAUGAAAAUUUAAUUAAUGUGGGUGGGCUAAGAGAACACAACGACUGUUUAUCAUAGACAAUUUAUUUUCCAGCGCUAAGUCAACAUAAAACAGCAAAACGGACAACAAUUACUUAACAUUUUAGACUCAUGAAGCGGAGACGCUGGUCAGUCACUGGUCAGGACUUUCCGCAGACCGAAACUGUCCCUCCGCUGUAGUUAUGAGUUUAUACCACGGUCAAGUGUCCCAGCCCGGCGUGGCUCCUUCGGCUAUCGGUCUCUCUAAUUCCCCCCUGAUCUAUGUGUACGGUGGCGAAGUCGGGGGAAUUAUUCCCGCUUUGGGAUUCGCAUCCACCCGACAGGAACCUCCGCAGAAGCCUCCCUACAGCUACAUCGCGCUCAUCGCCAUGGCAAUCAAGAACUCUACGGACAAGCGCGCGACGCUGAGCGGGAUCUAUCAGUUUAUCAUGGACCGCUUUCCAUUUUACCAUGACAACAAACAGGGCUGGCAAAACUCGAUUCGCCACAACCUCUCCCUGAACGACUGCUUUGUCAAAGUGCCCAGAGAGAAAGGACGUCCGGGAAAGGGCAGCUACUGGACGCUGGACACCAAAUGCUUGGACAUGUUCGAGAACGGGAACUAUCGGAGACGGAAGAGAAAGUGCAAGAUUCAAGAGGCAUGUGAGACUAAAACCAGUCACAAGAGAAUCCGAGGGACUCAGAAUUCCUCUGUUCCCAAACUUCAUCACAGCACCCGUUUAGAAGAAGAGGAGACGAUUACUAAAAAGAAGGACACAAAUCUUCAAAGAGAUGACCAGCCUCCAAAUGUGUCCGGGAAUUUCGUGUCCGCGAAAGACUCGUGUUUUGCGAGUCUAGACUCAAAAUGCACGACUUCUGAUAAAACCAACACCGUGUCUCCAAACCAGGUCGCGCAGCCUUUGAGCGAAAGAGAGACGGAUCGUCGAAUGCUGGUACACUCCGGCCGGCAGGAUGACGUUUUGACCGCUACAGGUGGGAGCGCGCAAACUGGCAAUGCCGAAUCCAAAGAAACAAACGCGCAGACGCAUCCUAGAAAGACAACAGACAAAUCCAAGGAGUUUAGUAUCGACAGCAUUCUUUCCAAAAAGGAGAAUCAGCCUCAGCGGAGAUGCGGCUCUGGUGGAGGAGCAACAGUCGCGUGUCUGGAGUCGCGAGGUUACGCGCUGACGUCCUCCCUGAUCGCACACGCGCAUCCGCAGCUGUAUCAGUGCGCUUUCCCGCUCUGUUCUUACCUGUCUCUCACCUGUCCCGAUAAAAUACUGAACUUCAGCGAGAAAAUAGACGAGAAGUUUUUCUUUUGACAACUCUUUCAUGGUCUGACAAAUGCGAGACUGUAGCAAAAAUAUUUUACAAAAAUGUAUUGUUAUGCUUUGACAAGAUUCAGGGAAUUUUAGUACCACCCCGCUGAACAGCUGUAAAACAUUAUUCAAUUUUAACGAAUUUAAUAGUUAUAAUGGGAAUUGAAUUGGUUUUAAUGGAAACAGUAGCGGUCUCUCCUCUAAUGUGUUGGGAGAUUAUCUGGCGGAUGGAAACCAGUAGCCUACUGGAAUAGAGUCCAAAACACACAACAUAAAGGAACAUUUUGGAAUGGUUUUAAUGGUAAACAACUGAUGGUUCAUUUUCUGAAUUUGUAUUUUUCAUUGUAGGACAUGCAGAAUCAUUCUUAUUUUUUAUUAACAAUGACACAAAUACAAUGUUUAAAAUGUAUAUUAUGGGUCUUCUUAGACUUAUUGUCACCUUAUUUUUGUUGUCGUUAUGGGAGUCGACUUGGGUGGGCCAGUGUAAAGAACAGUAGGUCUACACUGUUAACAGUAGUUAAUUCUUAAGAUGUACACUAUGAUCAAGAAAACAUUCUUUGCGAACCAUCCCAAGCACAGAUGUUUGACUUUGUAACUUAGGACUGUUUAUUUGAACAACGGUGUUAUAUGGUCCUCUUUGCACCAAAUGACAAAGACAAGACAAAUUACAAAUUACAUUGUGCUGUUGUUUUUGUCCAACUCAGCUUGAUAUGUUGCUUACACUUACAUUUGUGAAAAGAAGAGAAAACAUUAUGUGUAUGUUGGACAUUCAAAACUGAUGUUGAAUUCUACAGAGAACACACUUCUUCAAAUAAAUAAUAAAAUGUAAAACUUUGUUUAACUGUAAAAGUUUCCCUUAAAA